AGAUGCCAUUGGAAGGCAGAUCCAUAGACUCAAUUCUUCAUUCAAAACCAAGUCUUCUUCUCUUCUCUUCCGUUCUCUUGAGGAAAAAUGGCAUCCUCUCCUUUGAACCCAAAAUACAGUUCCCACGGUCGCUCAAAUAGCUUGCCCUCUAGACCACACCCUCUCAUUCUCAAAUGCAAUGAACACUUGGAAAGCUUAAGGGCUUCCAAAGCAACCUCCUCUUCCUCAACACUUCUUAGACAUAAGGUAGAAGGCUUGCAAGAUCUGAUUGAGUGUGUUGGAAAAUUGAUUCAGCUUCCCCUCACUCAAGAUGUCCUUCUCCACGAGCGUCAAGAGAAUUGGGUAAAUGAGCUUUUGGAUGGAUCCUUAAGGCUCUUAGACGUGUGUACUGCAGCCAAAGAUGCUUUACUACACACAAAAGAAUGCACACGUGAACUUCAAUCAACCAUAAGAAGGAAGAAAGGUGGUGAAGUGGAGCUGACAGCAGAAGUCAAGAAAUUCUUGACAUCUAGGAAGGUAGUGAAAAAGGCCAUCUCCAAAGCCUUGGCAAAUUUGAACAGCACUUCAAAGAGUUCCAACAUCUCAUCUAAUACAAACAAAGAUCACCGAACAGUGGCUUUGAUUAGCUUAUUACAAGACAUGGAAGUGGCUACACUAUCAACAUUUCAGACACUGCUGCAAUUUAUCUCAGGGUCAACACAAUCAAAGUCAAACAGCUGGCUUUCGAUUUCCAAGCUAAUUCAGCCCAAGAGAGUCGGUUGCUCGCUAGUGGCAGAUGAAAGUGAAUUUGCCCAAGUGGAUGCAGCAUUGCAGUCCUUUGUAUUUACCAAGACUUGCAAAUUUGAAGACAUAAACAAUCUGCAAAACCAGUUGGAGAAAAUGGAGUCGUGCAUUCAAGACUUUGAAGAAGGACUUGAGUUUCUAUUUAGGCGUCUGAUUAAAAUCAGAGUUUCCCUUCUUAAUGUCUUCAACCACUAGUCGAACCUAGCUGGGACUGAAUUUUUGUAGAUCGAUAUAGAUACACUUGUACAUGCAAAUUAUAAAUGUAUAUGUCUACCAAUAAUGAAUUGAAAAAUCUUUCUCAAUUAU